UAUUUGUCAAAUGCAUUUGGGUCUUUCUUAAAUCAAACUAAUUAAGGCGGGAGAAAACUGGGUAACAGCUUGAACCUUUGCUGCAAUUCGUCUCUCUCCUUUCGAUUACUUUAGCAAUUUGCAGCUGACAAUUCUCAACAAAAGGAACUACAAAGUUUGAUUAAAACAUACUUCCUUUGAAGUUUGAAAUUCAUACAAUGCAAUGUACUCUUUUACGUUCCAAGUUCUUCAAUUGCAUCGUCGCUUUGAACCAUUGUUUCAAUCCCUUUAAUGCCGUAAUUUGUUCUGCCGUCGUAAAUUCAACCCAGAUUGAGAUUACCCGGAAACUAAUUCAACGAUUCCAUGCUUCUCUUUCCUCUAAUCAUCAUGAUAAACAACCCCAAUUGUUAGGGUUUAUUGAUAAUUUGAAGGAUGAACGAACUCUUCAGAACCUUCAUGGGAGGGUAAUCAAGAGUGGUUCGAUUGUUGAUUUGAAUGUUGGGAACUAUGUGUUGAGUCUUUAUGCGAAAUUCAAGGAUUUGGGUUCUGCCCAGAAGCUGUUUGAUGAAAUGUCUGAGAGAAAUGUUCGUACUUGGACGGUCCUGGUUUCGGGUUUUGCUCGAAUUGGAUUGUUUCGAGUUGGGUUGGAUUAUUAUGCUCGAAUGCUAGGGGAGGGAGUUUGUCCAAACGGGUUUACACUUUCGAGUGUGUUUAAGUGUUGUUCUUCCAUAGGUUUGGUUCAUAAUGGUAAGGCAAUUCAUGGGUGGAUACUGAAAAAUGGGAUUGAUUUGGAUGCUGUGUUGAGGAACUCUAUUAUUGAUUUUUAUGUGAAAUCUAAAGAGUUUGAUUAUGCUAACAAGUUGUUUGAGUUCACAGAUGAUGUUGAUACUGUUUCGUGUAACAUAAUGAUAAGUGCUAACAUUCAAAGUGGUGAUGUGAAGAGUUCUCUUGCUUUAUUCAGAAGAUUGACUACUAAAGAUGUUGCAACCUGGAACACAGUUAUAUCAGGUAUGAUGAAAAAUGGGUUUGAAAGAACAGCAUUAGAACUCCUUUAUGAAAUGGUUAAAGAACAAGCGUGCUUUAAUGAAUUUACGUAUACUAUAGCAUUAACUUUGGUUUCUUCUUUGUCCAUACUGGAGCUUGGUUCACAGUUACAUGCUCGACUGAUCAGACUUAGAUUAUGUGAUAACGAGUAUAUAAGAUCUUCGUUGAUUGAUGUGUAUUCCAAGUGUGGGUUAAUUGAUAAGGCUUCAAUUGUGUUUAAGCAAAUACCUCCUCGAAAACAAAGCUCGAACAUAAAUGGUGAAAAGUUAAUGUCGGAUACUGUUUCUUUGAGCUCUAUGAUUUCAGGAUAUUCCCAAAAUGGAAGGUUCAAAGAAGCCUUAGAAAUGUUCUGUCAUAUGGUUUCUGAAGGAAUUGGAGUUGACAAAUAUAUUCUCACUACUAUUGUCUCUGUAUGUGCUGAUUAUGGGCUGUUGAGUUUUGGUGAACAGAUACAUGGCCUCGUACAUAAGAUUGGACACAAAUUUGAUAUAGUUUUCUGCUCUUCGUUGGUUGAUAUGUAUUCCAAAUGUGGAUGUUUAGAGAAUGCUCUGAUAGUAUUUGACAAAACCACCACAAGGAACACUAUUUUGUGGACUGCGAUAAUAAAUGGAAAUGCUUUCCAUGGGUUUGGUAGAGAAGCAGUUAGACUUUUUCAAUUGAUGAUUGAUGAUGAUGACAUUCAACCAAAUGAGGUAACCUUUGUGGCUGUUUUAACGGCGUGUAGCCAUGCCGGGCUAGUUGAUGAAGGGCGCAAUUAUUUCACUGUAAUGAAAGAAAAGUACAACAUUAACCCCGGGAUUGAACACUUUACUUGCAUGGUUGAUCUGUUUGGCCGUGCUGGAUACUUGGAUGAGAUAAAGAAUUUCAUUUAUGAGAACAAUCUGUCUCAUAUUAGUUCAGUAUGGAGGGCAUUCUUAUCCUCUUGUCGGCUUCACAAAAACUAUGAUUUGGGAAAAUGGGUGUCAGAAAAGUUGCUUCAACUUGAACCACUGGAUGCAGAACCUUAUGUUUUACUGUCAAACAUGUGUGCUACCAGUAACAGAUGGGAAGAAUCUGCUAAAGUUAGGAGUUUGAUGCAGAAGAAAGGGGUUAGGAAACACCCAGGUCAAUCUUGGAUACAACUGAACAACCAAGUUCAUAGUUUUGUGAUUGGUGAUAGGUCUCAUCCACAAGAAGCUGAUAUAUAUUCUUAUUUGGACAACCUAAUUGGUAGGUUAAAGGAGAUAGGGUAUUCCACUACUUUAGAGCAGGUUACACAAGAUGUAGAAGAGGAACAACAGGAAAUGUUUCUUCGUUAUCAUAGUGAAAAGCUUGCUGUUGUGUAUGGUAUUAUUAACACGAACAGUGUAACACCAAUUCGGGUCAUGAAAAAUCUUCGAGUUUGUACAGAUUGCCAUAAUUUCCUUAAGUUUACUUCUCAGCUUUUAGGCAGGGAAAUAAUUGUCAGAGAUAUUCGUAGAUUUCACUAUUUCAAGAAUGGAGUUUGUUCUUGUGGAGAUUACUGGUGAUCCAGAAGCUAAUGUACCUGUGAUCUCUAAACUAAGUUACCAAAUUGGCUGUUACUAUCCUGAAAUUCAUGUUAUAGAAUAUGGAGUAUCAUUCAGGUUCUCAAAUCAGCAGUAUUUUGUUGAUAUUGUUCAAAGUUCAGAGUCUUCAGAUAAAAAACAGAGGAGAAGAGGUGAUCAAAAUUCGGACCGGGGCUUUAACACAAAAAAUCAUGCCCAAUCCCGUAAAAUUGGUGCGGGCUUUGCGGGCUGAAAUGGGCUUUUUUGGGGCCGGGUUCGGUUUUUGGUCUGAAAAAGUAAAUUCGCCCCCAAACCCGUACUUUUCGGGUCGGGCCAGACCAAAGUUGAUCAGGUCUAGAGCAUGUGUGAACAUUCUGGGUGUGCAAGGUCAUUGAUUUAUGUCUUUCAGAUUUGGCCAUGUUCGGACAGGGUAAAGUAAGAGAUCGGAUGGAGAAAUUUGUUGUUCUUCCGUUCUCUUUGGGCUGUGUUUCUCAGGCUAGUGUUGCUGUGGCUGAACAAAGGCCUAGAAGAUCAAAAACAGAGUUACAAUCCCCUUCUAUGA